UGGACCCUUUUGAUAUGAGUGCAGAACACCCAGAACCCAGGCGACAACAGCCGUACUUGAACUUGAGCGAAGACAGCUUCUGGGUGAACAUUUGGGAAUUCAUCCGUAUCCUGGGCAAUGCCAUUUGGAAACGCUUUUCGCUGAAGGUAAGCGAAUCCCUGAAAAAUCUCUGUUGCUUUUUUCUGUUGGAGAUGAAACGGUUGCCUGUGGAUGUCGAUGAGGAUUGCCUGGCUAGGAUUAGCCAAACGCGGGACUGGAAAACGGCGGCCUUCCGCUAUAUAGACUGUCAUCCGAGCAGUCCUAGCCUGUUGAUGGCACUGGUGACCAGGGAGGACACUGUGCUGCUCUACGACGAGAGCUUCAAGAAGAGGUCCUGCCUUAGGGACUUGGAGCAGAAGCACAUCACCUGUGUCGCCUUCCGUCCGUGGUCUCAGGAGUUGGCCGUGGGCUGCUCGGCGGGGAUUUUCCUUUGGAAGAGCAACUGGCGAUCCCAAGUGCACCGUCAGAUCCGUCACAUGCAGGGCACCCAUCACAUGCGAAUGCUGGAAGACGAGGGCCACACCUGCGUGACCUCGGUGCAGUGGAACGAGGACGGUACCAUACUGGCAAGCGCCGCCCUGGGCUCCACCCACAUCAUUCUCUGGGAGCCGGACUACCAGCAGAAGAUGCGCUUGAUCCUAGACCCUGGAAACCAAAGCUCCUUCUCCCUGCUGCGCUUUAGUGCUGACUUCAAAGAGAUUCUCUGUGCCAGCUUGAAUGGUGGUGCCAGCAUCUGCGAGCUGGACAGGUGCACCUGGAGGGUUCGGGACAAGGUCCAGAUAGAGAGCCGCAUCCAGACAGCUGUCUGGACCACUUGCAGCUCCCAUCUGCUGUUCGUAAAGGAAGGCAGUACCCGGCUAUACUCGAGAACCAGAAAUCAGGAGGCGCUGCUGUUGAAGCGCCCCAAGCCUUCGUGGCGCAUCGAGAUGGUUGCCAAUCUGCAGGAUGCAAGCUGUUCGGGAGAGUGGAGACACUGCGGCAAACCACUGGCCAUUGCCAUGGACCCCCUGGGCAUCUACUUGGCGGUCAUCUUCAAGCACCAAUCCUUUGUGCUGCUCUGUCUUCUAGCACCCGCCAGGGAUGGUCCUCCGAGACCUAUUCCCAUCAAAUUCAUUGCGUGCGACGGGGAUGACGCAACAGAGGACGAGGUGCAUCCCACCUGCAUGGCAUGGCAUGCAGUUGUACAGAGCAACAUUUUUGAAAAAAUACGACUCUUGGUGAUCUGCUGGAGUACAAAGCAUAUUCAGAGCUACGCCGUCACUUCCAAAAGCUUCGAAGAGGCCCAAAGGCCUCAAUGCAAAAACUACGUGAAUUUUGGGUAAGAUUUAAAGGGCUCAUGAACAUGGGACACCUAAUUACUGAAUGUUGAUGCACGAAAAUAUGGAGGCAUCUGUUGAUAAUAUAUGAAAUAAAGGUCAUAAAUUAUCAACAAGCGA